AAUAGCUGAGCCAAAAAUUGACGCGAUUAUUUUACUCAAAUGUUUUCGCCCGGGAAGAAACAGUUUUAAUGGCAGCACUGCGUACCGAUAAGGAAAGGGUUAUCUUAAGCUAUUUCCCACGGGUGUUCACUAGCAGCGUUUUGCACACAGUGCAGCACUAAACAGAAAAUAUAGUUGUUCAUGUUUGUCUUUUUAUUAUGGAUCUAUUCUUUUUAAUGCGUUUAGUAAUGUCAUUAUGAUAUAGAAGAGUUGAAUGAUAGACAUCGAAUACCAACUUCUGGCUUGUCAGAAAUAAAUUUAUAAACGCUAAGUAACAAAUAAAGUCUAGCUCACCUUUCAUUGUUCUGUUCUUGCUGUUCUGUGAGAGAAACAAGAUGAGCUUGAGUCACUGUAAGUGUCAGAAGAGAGGGAGAAAUUGGGUCUCCUCCUGUCUGUCCACCCAGACAGAGUGCCAGUGCCCUGGGCCAGAUGAAAUCAUAGCUGUAAUGGAGGCUAUGAACUCUGAGCCAGACAUGCAGGAGCUCAUGAAAGAGCUCUAUACCCUCCUACAGCAAAACACGAAGGGGACACUGCCGGUGAUCUUGAGGUUUCUUAGCAGCAGCCAGAUGACACCUGCUCAUCGCACUGCAAUCCUCCAGGCAGUGGAGAGGCUGCUCUGUGAGACAGGGGCAGCUCUACAAUUGGAUGAGUCACUGGCUAAGAGCACUGUGUCAGUGGGCUUAAAAGAAAUGACCAUGUCAUCUAAAUGGCUGCCUGAUUGGCAGCAAGCAUGCAGCAAUAUUGUCGUGUCUGUGGUGAGAGAUCACUAUCAUACAACCAUGGACAUGGUGCUGUCAUAUUUACAGCCUGGAGAGCUCCCACACCACGCCCUGCUGCAGGCUGUGUCAGAUAUCUCCCAUCACUGCAUCCUUGAAAUUGCCAGUGACAUGGGGAAAAUUUUGAACUUUUUAGUGCCUCUUCUGCCUUUAGCAAAAACCAAAGUCAUGAGGGCAAUGAUGUCUUUUGCAUUAGGAAGCCUGUGUGAGAGUUGGAGUCAAUAUCAAUCCCAGGCUCCAGCUGACAACAUCCUGGAUGUCUCACAACAGAUCAGCACCAGCUAUGAUAUUAUGUCCAGUUGGCUGCCAACAACUAACUUAAAGGUGACUGAGGCCAUCGUUUUGGCAUUUGGACCCAUGUGUAGGUUUCUGUCAGAGGAGAUCCUUCAAAGAAACCUGCUAGGAAUUGUUUAUGCCUUCCUGCCAUUGUACACAGUUGAAUGGAAUAUCCAGUACAACAGAAUCAACAAGAGUCUCAGUCUGGUUGUGGAGGCAGGACUUCAGAAAGGUAGACAGGUUCUGAAUUGUCAUCUGAACUACAUGAUGAACAUGAUGCACACAAAGAUCUGUGAGUCUUUUGAUCCUCCAGAGGAUGAGGGAUACAUGUACCUGAUCAAGAGCUUCAUUGACUUAGCCAAGGUCUUUCCACAGAAGGUCCUGCAGUUUGUCUUGGUAAUGCUGGACAGUCCAGUGGAGCAGAACCAGCUGGGGAGCCUUACUCUGUUCUCAAAUAUUGUACAUCAAGAUUUCCUCAGUGGACAUUUGAAGGAGUAUGUGCUGAAGUCCUUUACUGGGACCCUUGGAAACACCAGCAAUAAGGUGAAACAUCUGCAGUCCCAGGUGUUGAUGGAGAUGGGGAAAAGGGGCUAUCUGGGGCUGGAGGGCACAGUUGUCGCACUGCAAUACAUUGUAAAGAACUGUGCCCUUGUAGAUGACAUCACCAAGAGCUCCAGGGACCCUAUGCUGUGGUCCAACCUGUUGAAGGCCAUUUUCUGGAGAACAUACAGUGAUGCUCUGCCUGUAUUGUGCAAUAAUCUGAAUGUGCUCUACAGCAGGCUGUGUGAGAAGGGCUACUCUGUGAUCUCUGACUUUGAAGAGCUGGAUUACAUAGCUUCACCAGAUAUCAUGCUGAUUAGACUUCUGCUUGGAGCCUCUCAGUCACUCAGAGGUGGGCAUGAGUGCCUGACACUUCUGCACUCCCUGAGCUCAAUCAUCCACCCCAGGCUGCACAGCAUGUGGGAGCAUCUCAUUCCACCCCUGGCCAGGAACCUCACAGAAUCGCAAGGGGUAGAGAUAUCCCUGGAGCAGUGGCAGGAAGGGCUGUAUGUGCUCCUGUCUAACACCCUGAGUUCAGUGGCAGAUGAGGCCUGGGCCUGCAGCCUCACAAAGGCCAUGACCAGAGGCAUUUGCACACUCAUCGCCACCAGUGAGGAGAAGGCCUUCCUGUGCCAGUGUGUGGGUGUGGCAGUCCAGCACGUCUCUCGCCAGGACACUGUGAGAGAUGUGCUUCAGGACGCACUCCUAGGAGUUCGGUAUGAGAGGCCUGUGGAGAGAGAGGGGCUGGCAGUGUUGAUGGGGCUGUGUGCUAGUGCCCACCCUGAUGUGGUGCUGUCUGUGCUGGAGGGAGUGGAGAAGACCGAUCCGGAGAUCUACUGCAGUGAUCUUUGCUCUGAGAGUGAUUUUACCAUCGCUCUCAUCCUUUCCUAUGGGCAUAUUGCUCUCAAAGCACCAUGGCUCCUGCAACAGAGAAUGGAGACUGACUUUUUUGGCAGAGUCAGACAACAUUUCACCACUAAGGACUCUAGCAUCAGACUGAUCCUAUGCCGCAGUGUGCUGAUGAUCUCUCAGGCCGUGCUGAGCUCCAGUCACACUGGGACUCCCAGCUUCCCAGCCAAGGCCCAGCUCCUGGAGACAAUGGUGGAGUUUAUUAAAGAGGAGCCCAGUGACCCCCUGAGCUCUCCAGUUCGCUUGCUGGCCCUGCGCAACUGUGUGAUACUGAGUUGUUUCAACCCAGUGCUGCCUGAUGUGCACAAUACCUUACUGCACAUUUGUGCAAAGGCUGUGCUCACAUUGUCUCCAGAGGAUUCCAGUGGGCCUGAGCCCCAGGUGCUGUACAGUGACUUUGCUGAAGCUCUUCUAUACCUGCUGCUCAAAACACUGCAGCAAAACAUCCGACCAGCUGGACUGCAGGGAGCACUUGAGCCUGUGGAAGCCUGGCUCAGAUCUGCCCAGACCUGGGAGAGAGUGAGAGCCAUUGAAAUCACAAAAGCCCUUCUCCUGUUCUACCUUGAGAACUUUAAUCCCAUGAAUAACUUGAUGUUCCCUGUUGGGGAGCUCCUAGGACUCCUCUUUCCCCGGUGCUGUGAUACAGAGCCAUCUGUCAGGGAGAAGGCAAUGGAGUGUGUCAUCACAGUACUGGACAUCUGGAUGAGCGGAAAAGGUCGAGCUCACAAAAGCUGUGCCAAGAGUCUCAUGACUCUGAAAAAAUCAGUGUUCAUGGAGCUUGACCAGGGCACAGUCAGGGGCUCUUGCUCUGCUGUCACACAGCUGGUAGGUCGAUUGCUCCCUCACCACCAAGUGAAGAUCAUGAUAAGAGGCCUGUUUGACAGGCUGCUGCUGGACUCUCAGCACAGCUGCUCCAGUGCAGCGUGUAUCACCAUCACACGCCUCUUCCAGAGUCACAGCAAGGAGCUGGCCAGCAUGGUUCCUGACAUGCUAGAUGUCUUUAUGACCUGCUGGAAUCUGCAUGAGAGUGUGAGGGAGAGUUUGAAGGAGGGGGUUGUGUGUCUGGCAUCAUACAACCUCAAACUCACCAUCAGCUUCCUGUUGACCUGCUCUUCUAUCCAUGAGAGUUUGCUCAUGGAGGUUUGGCAGGCCCUUAGCACCAGCCAGGUCGCGUCCAAGAUUGUGACGCACCUGGCUGAUUAUCUCUGCCUAACAAAGGGAAUGAAGAUGGGUGAUCUGGCCCUGGCUAUACCCAGAUACAGGAAGGAGCAUCUGGCAACUUACAACUCAACCAUGGAGACCCCAGUGGAGUCAGUUGUCCUGCGGGCUCUGUCUGGACUAAUGACCAUCCUGUCUGUCUGCGAAAAUAGUCAGAUCAAGUUGCUGGUGCCUCUUGUGUACCGUAGAGCAAAGCUCUGCCUGGAGAGUGAGAGCCAUGAAGUCCGCAGCACCACUGUGCUUCUUCUGGGGCAGCUGGUCAGGCUGGGUUCAGAGGAUGCUGCCAUAAAAAAAGAGGUCCACAGCUCCCUGGUCAGUCUGCUGCUCAAUCUCACUGACUGCUGCCCUGAGGUCAACGAGGCCUGCAGGACAGUUCUGUGGGAGGCUAUGCCAUCAAUGGGCUCCUCUGUUAUCACAGGACCUCUGGAGGAGACAUUCAGCCAAGACAAGGAGCUCCAGUUCAUUAAGGACAUGGCCAGCAUUCUGAUAAAGAGAUUCCCUGGCAAUGUCAGCCUUUACCAGAACUGUGCCCUCAAGUUUGCAAGGAGCAGAUGUCCAUGGGUUCGAGAGAGUGCUGCCAUUUUCAUUGGCCUCCUAGUGCAGCAGCGGCAAAAUACCCUCUGCUCAUGCUUGGCCAUCAGAAGAGCCCGUCAAGGACUGAGGGCACUCCUGCAGGAUCAAGAGCCCCGGGUGCAGGAAAGGGCUGCCGAAGCUAUGAGUUUCUUCAGCCAGCCCUAAACAUGGAAGCCAUGUAGUUUUUUGAGCUGGGGCUACAGGGGUGCCCGACUCUGGAGGUUGCAGCCAGAGAUACAUGAGAGCCCCCUGUUCUUUGGAGACUGUGUGCUGAACCCAAAAGGCCUGAGUCAAUCACUAUUGAUGUAGUAUAAUAAACAAAAAAUUAAUAAAAGUA